CCGAGAGGGAGGCAAAGCCGGCGCACGCCCGGCUGGGGCGGAGGGCGGGGGCCCGUGGGCUGGAACAGCCGCGGCAAGUGGUGGCGGUGGAAGGCAGCUGAGGCGGCGGCGGCGGCGAAGAGCGGGGGUCGCGGCGGCGGCGGCGGCGGCAGGCCCGGAGGCGGGCCGUGGAGCUGGGCGCGAUGGAGCGGAAGAGCCCCAGUGGGAAGAAGUUCCGCAGCAAGCCACAGCUGGCUCGCUACCUGGGAGGCUCCAUGGACUUGAGUACCUUUGACUUCCGUACUGGCAAGAUGCUGAUGAGCAAGAUGAACAAGAGCCGCCAACGUGUGCGUUACGACUCCUCUAACCAGGUUAAGUGGACCCCAGCGGGGGCCGCCCGCUGCAGCGCCUUGUCCCCGCAGGGCAAACCUGACCUGAACACCGCACUACCCGUGCGGCAGACAGCAUCCAUCUUCAAGCAGCCAGUGACCAAGAUCACUAACCACCCUAGCAACAAAGUGAAGAGUGAUCCGCAAAAGGCGGUGGACCAGCCUAGGCAGCUGUUCUGGGAGAAGAAGCUGAGUGGACUGAGUGCCUUUGACAUCGCAGAGGAGCUGGUCAGGACCAUGGACCUGCCCAAGGGCCUGCAAGGGGUGGGCCCUGGGUGCACAGACGAGACGCUGCUGUCAGCCAUCGCCAGCGCCCUGCACACCAGCACCAUGCCCAUCACAGGGCAGCUCUCAGCUGCUGUGGAGAAGAACCCUGGUGUGUGGCUGAACACCACGCAGCCCCUGUGCAAAGCUUUCAUGGUGACCGACGAGGACAUCAGGAAACAGGAAGAGCUGGUGCAGCAGGUUCGGAAGCGGCUAGAGGAGGCGCUGAUGGCUGACAUGCUGGCCCACGUGGAGGAGCUGGCCCGGGAUGGUGAGGCGCCAUUGGACAAGGCCUGCGUGGACGAGGAUGACGACGAUGAGGAUGAGGAUGAGGAUGAGGAGCCUGAGCCAGACCAGGAGCUGGAGCGUGUCUAGAGCAGAUGCCCUGCCCAAGGACCCCAUGCUGUGGAGCACCAGCUGGCAUUGCAUGGCUGCCUGCACUCAGCUUCUCUUGGGACUAGGCCAAGAGGCCAGGCCCAGUGGGUAGGGGGCACCUUUCAUCCUUCCUCCUUCAAUGAGCCUCUUCUCCUCUGGGCCUGGAGAGGUAUGACUGGAGGAAGAUGACCCCCUUUCCCUGCUGCAGCUCUUCUUUGAAGGCCAUGGUUCUGGAAGAGCUGCUGGCCACUGGGCCCCGCCUGGCAGGAGGUUCCUUCAUGGUGAACUUAGGGCCAGUGAUGCCUCAGCCUUGAAGCCAGCCUCCUCUCGGUGGCCACUGCCACCUCAACACAGCAGGGGCCAGCACACUGGCCUGGGCGCCAUGGAGCCCUAGCACCUUGUGGUUGUUGGCUGCCAUAUCUCCAGCAGCUGGGGAGACACUUGAAAUUCGGUCUACCUCCUCCUUGAGCAGUGUGAGGAGGCGAGAAGGGCUGACCUGCAGGCUGGGGGUCCAGACAGCUCCUCUCACACAGGACCACCUAGCAGGCAGAGCUGGCAGCUCCCAGCCAGAACCAGCUGCAGCCCAGGAAGUCACUUUCCUUCAAUAAAUGACACAAAUGGCUGAACUUUGGCUGGA